AUGGAUAAACAAAAUGUAGAAAAAGAUGAGAAAAUUGAAUCUUCAACAUCGAUAUCAUCAAACGAUUUGUUCACUACAAUUUAUGACAUAAGUCGAGCUAUUUUUCGUCAUUUACCUAUUCGUUCAGUGGAUUCAUGUUCGUUAGUUUGUCAAUCAUGGGCUCAUAUUGCUCGUUUCACUAAAACACAUCGUCAUACAAUUCAUACAUUAACUUAUCCAUCAAAUCUAUCAUCUUCAACAACAAAAUGCUCUUAUGAUGUAUCUGAUUUUGAUACAAUUAUUUCGUCAUAUAUAAACGAUAAUCUAUGGUCAUUACCAUCAUUGGCUCUAGUCGUUGCUACGAAUGGUUUAGAUAGAAAAGGUUUUAUUUCAUCAUCAAGUUCACCACCACCAACAAAAAAUUCAAAACGAUCUCGAUCUCAAACUAGAGCUAGACAAGCAGAACUUUCUAAUAUACCACAAGCAUUAAUUCGUCAUUUAAAUAAAUCAUGUAAAAUUUUACAAGUAGCAUCCAAUGGAAUCGUUGUAUCAAAUGAUGAAAAUCAAUCCUAUGAAAUUGAACUAGACAGUGCCAUGGGUAUUCUACUUUUUCCACAAUUUCCAUCGAAUGUUCUUGGAAUAUAUUCAUUUGAAAUUCCAUGCAAUACUAAAAUACCUGCUGAUAUGUCUCGUUCCGAUUUACAUCAUUUACUUGGUUGUGUACCUAAUGAUAUACCUAUUCGAUGUGUUAUAUUUUUCUUUACUCAACGUCAAUCACAUAGUGUUGAUUGUGUUAAAAAAUUGCUUGAAUAUUAUCCAUCAGAUGUAGCUAUUAUUGGAGGUUUUGUUGAUAAAAUUCGUUAUAAUGAUCGACAAAGUCAAUCUAAACAAUCAUUAUAUAAUACAUGUGGAAUUGUUCUAACAGGUGAACCAAAUCAUUUAAGUAUUAAACAAAUUGUAUUAGAAAGUCAUAUCGAUACACGUGAAACUGUAAAAAAUAAAUUAAAACAAUUAAAAUCUAUUGAAAAUAAUCAAGAUUUAUCAUUUGCUAUACAAGUUAGUUGUGUUGCUCGUGGUUCAGAGUUUUAUCAUGAAGAAAAAAAUGUUGAAUGUUCAGAAUUUAGAAAUUUAUUUCCUAACACACCAUUAAUUGGAAUAUUUGGAAAUGGAGAACUUGGUCAUGAUUAUUCAUUAAAUGAUAAUCAAACAUCAACACAAGAACGAAUAAACACAAAAACAGAAAUUGAUGAUAUAUUUCAUGCUUAUUCAACUGUAUUUUCGCUUAUAUCAUUACGCAUGUAA